GACAUUCUGGAUGGGAUCAAGGAGCCGGUGGUGGUGGUGUCUGUGGUGGGACUCUACCGUACUGGGAAAUCUUACCUCAUGAACCGCCUGGCAGGACAACAGACAGGCUUUGCUCUCGGCAACACUAUUGAAUCAAAAACCAAAGGUAUCUGGAUGUGGUGUGUUCCUCACCCUAAUAAAAAAGGACACACUCUGGUGCUGCUGGACACAGAGGGACUUGGUGAUGUAAAGAAGGGAGAUGAGAAACAUGACACAUGGAUCUUCUGUCUGGCUGUUCUUCUCAGCAGCACUCUAGUGUACAACAGCUUAGGGGUCAUUGAUAACAUGGCACUGGAAAAGCUGCACUAUGUUACAGAGCUGACAGAGAACAUUCGUGUGAAGGCAGAAGAGAGUCGAGAUGAGGACGAGUCAGCAGAUUUCAUGAGUGUUUUUCCAUCUUUUGUCUGGGCUGUUCGUGACUUCACUCUGCAACUGAAAAAGGGGGAUAAACCAAUAACAUCAGACGAUUAUCUGGAGGGUGCAUUGGAAUUCAAAAAAGGUAGUUCAACUCAGACUGUGCAGUAUAACCUGCCACGCCGCUGUCUGCGGAAUUUCUUUGCGGUGAGGAAGUGCUUUGUCCUCCCUCGACCUGCUAGUACACAAAACAUGUGGAAAAUGGAGGAGUUGACUGAGAAAGAACUGGAAUCAAAGUUCCUUGAGCAGGCAAACACCUUCUGUCAUUACAUCUACAACAAUUCAGAGACAAAAACUGUCAGUGGCAGCCGUACAAUUACUGGAACAGCUCUGGGUAAUCUUGCUGAGGUUUAUGUAGAGGCGAUCCGCAGCGGGAAUAUUCCGUGUCUGGAGAAUGCAGUGGUGUCUCUGGCUAAGAUCCAGAACGUCCAUGCAGUGGAGGAGGCCCUGCAGCUCUACAUGACAGAGAUGUUCAACUUGGUUCAGCUUCCAAUGUGCCCAGAAGAGCUGUCCAACAUCCACACAGAUGCAGAGAAGAAGCCCAUUGAAGUUUUCAUCACUGUGUCCUUCAAUGACAAUGGCCAGAUCUACCAAAAACAUGGUACCUGCUGA